CUCAACGUCCAUCUUCCUUGAAACGCUCUCAGUCGUGGCUAGCGCAACCCUUUCUAUAAACUCUCCUUUGACUGCCAGACCGUACUUUUGAUGUGAUGUACUCAUCGCACAACGGGGUCUACCCACUGCGCAACCGCCACGCGUUGACCGAUCUUCUUUGUACGAUGCGCGUCGGUCAUCCACAAAGCCAGCGAGGAGGUAUGGCUAAAGACCUUUGGCUUGAUGCAUUGCAUGACCUUUGUGGACCAUACUGAUCUUUAAGUGACUCGCCGAGCUACGGCAAGAGAAUUUCAGUCGAUGGUAUAAGACACCGGUUUCCUUGUGCCCUGCCACCCACACCUGCCGCUCGACAUCCUCGCCCGCUGACUGAUACUACAUUGAAUCUUUCCCACUUGCUUUACCAUCACCUAAGCCGCCUACUUGAAUAGUAUGCGCAGAUCUCCGAGGAAGGCAAAGGCGAAGGAGCGCCCUCUUCCGACCUACGGCGCAGACUCUCGCUCGGAUGGCGUGCACUCGCGCGCGCACGGCGCAAUGUCCUCGAUCCUGGACGCCAUGGACUCAGACUCGGACGGCGGCGUGGACUCGGACGACGACGUCGACGAUACGGACGACGACACGGACACUGACAUGGGCUCCGACGACUCGGAGUCCUCUGACAAUGACUCGACGACCGGAUACGUGGGCCCCGCCUGCCGGCUUGAGGAGAGGCUUGCGGGUAGGAUGGUCUGGCGCAGGAGGGUUGGGAAAAGCGACGACAAAAGCGAGGAUAGCAACGACGAAGGGAUCUCGAGCGGACCCGGCUUCUUUUUAGGGACGUUUGGCGGACCGGGCUUGGUUGGCAUGCGCACUGCGGUCGGUCAGAGCUCGCACCAGCAGUGCGUCGAAGAUGAAGGGCCGCGCAAACGACGCCGAACGGAGGAUGGCUAUGCAGCUGGGCCACCACUCGACAAAGACCAGCCUGCCCCGAAUGCUGUGAACAUCCCGGACUUUGGUGCGCUUCUGUUGGAGUCCUGCAAAACAUCCCACCCGCUACACGUCCUAGACCUGGUGCCCAACGCCCCGUCCGCCGACCACAUCUGGCUAGCGAGCUGCGCUACCGCGGAGGGUCUGCCGUCCGUGCCCGACGAUAUCCCGCUGGGCGAGUUCGUACGGCUGGUGUAUAAGAAGGGAUGUAGGUUCUGCGACGCAUGUAAUAUCCAGAAAAUCCACUGGGCGGCGCGCGUGCGCACGUGCAAGCGGUGCUUCAGCAACAGACGCCACUUCGUCGACGAAGCCACGGCACUGGCCGACCUCAAGGAAGUCCGCGGCGCGUGGACCGGGUCGCUCAUCCGACUGCUGCCGCCGGUCGUGAUGGGGAAAUCCCGCAAAGCCCUUCUGUCCCCACUAUACAUGACGCUCUCCAUCGACGAGCUUAUCGACGACUACGAGCGGGACGGUGUGAAGCGGAUGAGUCGAGGGGAGCAAAAGGCGUGGUAUAAAAGGAAGCGGAGGGCGAUGGAGGGCGUGUUCGAGCACGCCAAGAUCUGCGAACAAUGGGACAAAGAGCGUGACGAGAACGUGAUCAUGAAAGCGGAGGAGAAUAAGCGGGAGAGGAAGGCGGAAAUCCACCGCCGCCUCACCGAUAUGGGAUACGGCCUCCUCCUCCAAGAACCCGGCGUGGCAAGCACGCGUCGGUGGACAAGGUGCAGGCGUUGACUGAGGGAGGUAAGUGGGAUUCCUCAUCUCCCGCUCGCUUCAGCGGGUCGCUUUCGCUCGUCAUAGGGCAGGCCUUUUGCUCCUCAUGGGGCAGGCGUUGAAUACGCUUCCAAGCGCAGCAGACUGCGAUUCGAGCGCAGUAGGACUGCCAAAGAAAACUACCCCUUCACCAAGAAGUCCAACCCGCCGGACACCAAGAAGUCCAACCCGCCGGACACCAAGAAGUCCAACCCCGCCGGACAGGAAAAAACAAGCGUCGAGUGCUGGAUUCGGAUACGGGGAAUUGCUGGAUUCGGAUACGGGGAAUCGAACCCCGAGCUGCCGCGCAAUUGCAGAUUGCCAUGUACUUUAUGAGAGGCGGCAAUGUUAGCCGUUACACCAUAUCCGAUGGUGAGAUGGUAGAGGAGGACGAGGGACGACAAAAAUAAGUGAGAGGAGGAA